GACAAGUUUGUAUCAUAUCAGGAAGGAGCGCACCGACAGAACGAGGUAGACUCCACCAGGGGAGAAACGUUUUCAUGCCAUUUCACAUUAUUUCUGUCUCUCAUCGAUUAAAACAGUGUUCAUUCAGAUAAAAAAGUGAUCAGGGCUGCCAAACGACACGGGGGAAGAUGCAGCCAGCGGUGAGAUGGGCUUUGCUGCUUCUUCUCGUUGGUUUAAAGGCACAAGACUGCCUAUCAUCCAAGGCAGAGGACCGGCUGUUCAGGAAGCUGUUUAGACGAUAUAACCAGUUCAUCAGACCAGUGGAGAACGUGUCCGACCCCGUCACUGUGGAGUUUGAGGUCUCCAUCUCACAGCUUGUCAAAGUGGAUGAAGUGAAUCAAAUCAUGGAAACAAAUUUAUGGCUCAGGCAUAUAUGGAAUGACUACAAGCUACGAUGGGCUCCGGCAGACUUUGAUGGGAUUGAGUUCAUUAGAGUUCCAUCAAACAAGAUUUGGAGACCUGACAUUGUGCUCUACAACAAUGCUGUAGGGGAUUUCCUGGUGGAGGAUAAGACCAAGGCCUUGCUGAAGUUUGAUGGUACUAUCACCUGGGUUCCUCCAGCUAUUUUCAAAUCCUCCUGCCCAAUGGACAUCACCUACUUCCCCUUUGACUAUCAGAACUGCUCUAUGAAGUUUGGUUCCUGGACUUACGACAAAGCCAAGAUUGACCUGGUACUUAUUGGGUCCAAGGUGAACCUGAAAGACUUCUGGGAGAGUGGCGAGUGGGAAAUCAUCGACGCUCCAGGCUACAAACACGAUAUCAAAUACAACUGCUGUGAGGAGAUCUACCCAGACAUCACCUACUCCUUCUACAUCCGGCGCCUGCCACUCUUCUACACCAUCAACCUUAUCAUUCCCUGCCUCCUCAUCUCUUUCCUCACAGUGCUGGUUUUCUAUCUCCCAUCUGACUGUGGAGAGAAGGUCACGCUCUGUAUCUCCGUCCUGCUCUCCCUCACUGUGUUCCUGCUCGUUAUCACGGAGACCAUCCCCUCCACAUCGCUGGUCAUCCCGCUCAUUGGAGAGUACCUGCUCUUCACAAUGAUCUUCGUCACACUCAGCAUCGUCAUCACCGUGUUUGUCCUGAAUGUGCACUACCGCACGCCAAUGACCCACACGAUGCCGAGCUGGGUCCGCUCUGUGUUUCUCAAAGUGCUGCCGAGAAUUAUGCUGAUGCGGAGACCGAUUGAUGAAGACAGCAAGGUUGGGGGGUUGGACAGCAGUGGGGAGGCAGGAGGAGCUGGAGGGGGAGGAGGAGGCGGAGGAGGAAAGGGAGGGAAGAAGCGGAAAAACAGCUUGAUGCAGCAGGUCGGAGGAGGAUCCCUCAACUGUCUAGAGUUUGGGGACAGUAGGCUCUCGUCUGUUGAGGGGUGCACGGGAAAGAAGUGUCCUUGCCCGUGCCAGCAUGGAAAGGAGACCCCAGAAACACCAGAAACUGGGAAGAUGUCGCGUCAGCUGAGUCACCAGAGCAUCAACACAGUGGUGGCCUUCUCUGUGUUGUCACCUGAGGUCAAACAAGCCAUCGACAGUGUUAAGUACAUUGCUGAAAACAUGAGGAGUCGCAACAAGGCCAAAGAGGUGGAGGACGACUGGAAGUAUGUCGCCAUGGUGAUUGAUAGAAUCUUCCUGUGGGUGUUUGUGACCGUGUGCGUCCUGGGAACCGUCGGCCUGUUCCUCCAGCCUCUUUUUGGAUUCUUCUCAUAGACCGGUGUCCAGGGUUCUCUGCCGCCCUGUGUCCAAUGGUCCUCAGCAACAACCUGAUGAACUCACAGACAGAGAAUUUGUGUCCUAAAGCACUAUUUGAUGUGCUGGUUUUGCAUCUUGCCUUUUGCAGUAAUAGCUGUAACAGCAUUUAAGAAGAGGCAGUGAAAUUUUCAGCCUGGCUGGUCAACUGCAUAAUAGAUAAAAAAAAAAAAAAAGUUGAAAGAUUUUUGAUUUACAUUUUUUAGGGCUGCUUAGAAGGGAUGAUGUACUAUCUAUAUACAAAAUGUGCUUUCUCGUCAAUUUAAAGACAAUGAACUUGAUUUGUUUCUCAUUAUUAAUAAUUAAUUAAUACUGCCUGGUCCAUGUCUGUCCAUCUUAUACCAAUGUUUACAUUUAAGUCAGUGGAAUAGAUUACCAUUUCAAACAUGUCCUUUACUGAGAUCAGUCACACCAAUGUUGUUGUUCUGAACAGCACUUAGUUGACGUGGACCUCCCAACAACAUCAGACGGUGAUGAAGACUGUAACAACUGAGACUGGUCCAAAAUGCAUUUCCUCGUCCGGGCACAGAAAAUUCACCAUUCUCUUUCAAAAUUUCUGCCUCCUUCACACCAUCUACUUAGUCGUCUUCUCUGGUUUCUGUGUUAAAGUGAAUUCAGAAAAAAUAAGCACCUUCAUAUGUAGCCUCUGCAUAGAUCUGAUGCAGCGUUAUAAGCACAGCUUUUAGAGUCAAAAGCUAAGCUGGUGGGAACAGACUGUCUGUUAAAAGUACAAUUACUGUUAGCAAUGCAAAGCCAGAGCAUAGUUUUUAUGUGGCUGUGGAAAUGCAGCAUAGUUUAUAGCUCUUUUGUAGUUAACCUGCUUGUAUUCAACAGAUCCAGCAGAUGUUCAGGUGAACUGGGAUCUCCACAUCCAGCUGUCAGGACGUAACUUUCUACCGGUGGCUCUCCACUGAGCUGACUGAUGACUGUCACACCCGCUCCACAGUCCAAUUCUUCAAGCCUCUCACAACUGUCAGAACGCUGCAAAUUUCUUAUGUCAUUUCCAACUGGAGUUCAGACUUCUUUGGCAGAGGCACUUUUUAUAAAAAGGGCAGGGCGAUCUUCUUUUUGUAAUUACAAGCCACGUGUUUAUAAAUGUCCUCUCUGAUUAAUGUUCCACAAAGUAAUUGGUUUGCCUGGUAAAUACUGGAUUAAAUGAUAGUUGAUUAAUCGCUCCUGAAAUAGCAUUACAUUUAUUAAUUCAUAAGAGGAUUCUAUCAUCCAAUUCCAUGGCUUCUAAUUUAAUCUUAUUUUCUUGUCACGUUUGAUUAGGUUUGCCAUUAAGUGCAAAUAACCAAUGAAAGAAACAUGCAUGUCAAAAAAUGUGAUUGCUUUGACCUAGGGUUGGGCGGUAUACUGGAUCAAUUUGAUUAAUUAUGGUCAUUUUUGUGCAAUUUCAAGAAUGCCCAAAUUGCAAAAUGAAGUUAAAAUAUGUGCUUACAAACGUUUCAUCUAACAGCAGCAAUACAGGUGAAAAUUUUUCUCUGGAGUCACAACAGUAGUUGCAGUCUAGUUGCCGAUACCCUGUACUUUGGUGCAGACUGAGCUCGAUGAACACUUCAGCUGAGCUUACCCACUAUUCACAGCUUGCUUUUAUCAUGGAUGCCCAAUAAGGCUUUAAACAACACACAAUGGUUACACUAAUUGUGUAGUCCUGGAAUAUAAGAUAAUCUUUAGUUUUCAUAGUACUGUAUUUGUUUGUGAGGUAACAUUGGAGACUUUUCCUACCGAACAAAAACUGAAUCUUGUAUUCAUCUUUUCUUUAUUUGAUCUAAAGACAUCUGUACAUCUGUAAGCAAUGCUCAGCUGUGUCUUUCUUCCUAUCGUUUACAGUAUGUAAAGAAUAAAUGGUGUGCUGGUGGUUUUGCA